AUGGAAGAUCCGAUAAACAUAUUUCCACCGAAAAAGGCUGCGCAAUUCGACGAACAAGGGAGGCCUUUCCAUCCCUUCUUCUAUACUAGGAUACCCAAUUAUUAUCAAGCCCUUUAUGACAUGGUUGAGCACAUGGAAAAACUGGAUAAAAUACAGGAUGACGAGAUACGUCAGGGGCUUCAGCCAAGUGCUGAGAAUAAAGCUGACCUGGCGUCAUCCUCUUGGUUACCACAGGCGGACAUGGAGAAAUUAUUCCUCGAGCCGCUGAUGGAGAGACAGUACAAUUAUUUCGUGACAUCUGCGGAACGACUCAUGAACCACCCAUAUUCAGCUGUCUGCAAGGAGUUCCUCAUGCGAUUCAGACGAGUGCACAAGACAAACAUUACUGGUCUAGUGAUUCCCCCCUUGGAGUAUGAUGAACACGGAAGACCAUACAUUUUUGUAAAAUAUUCCAGGAAGCAAACAGCAGUAGCUCAGGUAAAACUCUGGGGCAAUGGAUCAGGUCGGAUAAAGAUCAAUUCGAAGGACAUAACUUAUUUUGAACGAACUCAUCAUCGCGAACAAAUAUUUACAAUCAAUUAUCAUUUUUUUAAUGAUAAAAAAAUAAAUAAUACAGUCUUCACAAGACUAUAG